AGUCUCUUAACAGUUGCUGCUCAGAGAGCGUCAUUAACGCUUGUAUUACUAAUGUAUCAAACUUUCUACGCCAAUUAUUGGUCUUAUGAUGCUAAGUAUUAUCAAGAUUCUACUUACGGCUUACAGAGAAAUCAUCUUCCCCCUAAACAAUUUCAAUCCUUCAGAAACAUGGAGGAUGAGGAACGUCGGAAGAGGAAGGCUAUCGAUUUGACGAACAACAGCCAACAGAAGCGAGCUCUGAAAGAGGACAACAGCAGCCUAGACACCGAGGAUCACUACAACAAAGAUUUAGAGGAUAGUUAUAAGGUAACGCCGAAUGGAAACGGACUACCUCUAACAAGUAACUCGUAUCAUGGACUAUUUGAACAAGUUACGCACACCGACCGCCACACUUCGCCGUAUAAACCGUACAAUUCACCCGUAAAUCAUCACUCUAGUGAACAGCAGUCCUUACUUAUCAAGACUGAGCCGGCUGAAUCCGAAUCCUUCGGAAUUGAUGGUCAUUAUCAACCUUCGCCAAACUUUUCAUCAUCGGUUGGUAGGAGACCGAGCGGUGACGAAGGUGCCCCAACGAGCUCCCAUGUGUAUGCUCAAAAUAAGAACGUCGAAAGAACACUUUGUCAAGUAUGUAACGACGUUGCAGCCGGUUUUCACUGUGGUGCGUACGUCUGCGAAGCCUGUAAGAAAUUUUUUGUACGAUGCCAAAAGCAGCAGAAUGUCAAGUUUGCCUGUCAACGUAACAGAGACUGCGUUGUGACGAAGGAAACUAGAACACAAUGUCAAUCCUGCAGAUAUCAAAAAUGUAUACAAUUAGGAAUGUACAGACCAGGUCAGAAAGGAUUUUUAGAUGCGAAGAUUUCAAAUAUACCUUGCAAAGUAUGCGGCGCGCCUUCAUCUGGGUAUCACUUUGGUGCGAUCACAUGCGAAGGAUGUAAGGGAUUCUUCCGUCGUACGGUCAGGGAAAGAGAUAGUUGUAAAUAUGUUUGUGCCAGGAAUGGCAGAUGCACUAUUACAACAGCUACGAGGAAUAUGUGCAAAUUUUGCCGGUAUCAGAAAUGCCGAGGAGUCGGGAUGACUCCUGAGGGUUCUAGAAUUGGUCGCCAACCAAACUCAGUGAAGCAUGCCACAAUGCUCGAAUUAGAGAAUUUACGUUCGGAAGGACGCACGACAGCCCCUUCUAAUGCAAUUGCCGAUUCUACUCCAGGGCCUCCUCCUACUCAUCCUUCGCUCACUCAAUCAAUUCCUCAUUUGCACACGCAACAUCUCCAUAAUCCUCAGCAGCCGAUACCACCUCCUGCUCCGUAUUUACCUUCUUCAACGCAAUCCACCUCUGUCGUUCAAAAUCUCGUACCUCAGCCGUCUAUCUUGCCCCGAAUGGCCAAAGAUCAUUCGAUGACAGCUUUAUCGGAGAUUCUUAUGACUGCGUAUAAGGAAUUGCUCGUAAUAUGUAAUAGGGAUCAAAGGGCUGUGCCUAUACAGCCACCAGGAACUUCUUUUACCGUUGUUUGGCAGGGUGUUAUGAAAAUGUUUGCUCUACAUGCUCAAGGUGUAUUGAGAUUUGCUAAGAAGGUACCAGGUUUUAAAGACAUACACGUCGAAGAUCAGAUAGUAAUGGUUCAAUUUGCCACUUAUCAAAUUGUUAUGAUAAUGCUAGCCAUGGACUACAAUAUAGAGAGAAGAGAGUAUAAUUAUUUCAAUCUCUCUCCUUCGGAGAAGGAAACAAUGCUGACAACGUUCACACCUCUCCGAUCUCUGCUCAUGCACUUUCACAAGAUAGGUUUUGAUGUAAAAAGAUUACAAUUAGAUGACAUUGAAGUUGCCGUACUGUGUGCCAUAGUUCUCAUCACAAAUGUGCCAGAAAACGAAUUCAAGACGGGAAAGCAGAUAAUUGAAACUGUAUCAGCUAUUCAGCAUGGAUUUUUACGUCGUUAUUGCGAAUCAAAAUUUCGUAAUGCAGAGCUGGGAUUAAGCAGGCAAAACGACAUGCUGAGCUUAUUAACUGACUUGAAAGAGACGAACAAUCAACACCGUCUUGCUGUUCAUAGAAUUAAAGAAGACCAUACGGAACUAACUUUUCCGCAGCUGUACGUCGAGAUGUUCUUUACAGAUGAUUCAGCUUCGCUACCGUCUGCCGUGUAA